UUUUCCCCUCCCUUUAUCUUUUGUUGAAAGAAAAUCAGGAAGAAAAUGGAGCGCACAACAUCCCGUCCUAAAAGCUAAAUUUCUGCCUCCGUUUGGGAAAACGAUGCUGUUGCUUCUGCAAAUCGCGAUUUUAUGCUCGGGCUUCGUCCUGCGCGAAUGUCAGCGUUCGCGAGAGGACGCGUCGUGUGCGCAUUUGUUUGUGAGCAUUUAUUUAUUUCAUUAAUGUGGCUUUUUAAUUGAGAUGGCCGCGAGAGAGAAGACGGCUGAAAAUGGUUGCGCGUUACUGACGCACAUCACGCGAGGAAAUUCCUCUCCACGGACGACGGGUCAUCUGAUGUCCUGCGAAUGCAUCCCGCCAAGAAACUUUACAUGUGAAAAUUAUAUAGGGCGCCAUUAUUUAACGCUGGCACAGAUUUGGGGCAUUGGCAUAAAGGCUAUUAUAGUCGCUGCCCCUGUACGUGCUCGCAUGAGGGGUGACGGAAUGAGACCAGCCCCCCUGAACUGACGUGACAGUUUGACGGAUAAGAGGGCAGAGCAGCACAGAGAUGUGGCUGAACAGGGCGGUGGAAGCCAAGGGCCCUGUAAACAACUUUUACAACCAGAUCUGCUCCUGCUGGUCUUGAUGACCCGCUCGGACAGCGCAUCUGGAAGAGCUGUUGCAGUGGCUUCAAAAUUUGACUUGUUACCAGGCUAAUUCAGACACAGAUUUUCAGCUUGGGGACUGUUGGAGGUGGUCAGGCAGAUUGCCACCAUCAGAACACACCCUUUUUAAUUCAAGGAAGUGAAGCAUGGCAUAGACACAUCAACAAGUAUGGAUUCCCCACCAGAGAGUAUGCUGGCUCUUUCUUGUGAGCCCCCAUUGUCUCCUCCCUCCAUGCCUUCCCUGGACCACAGUCCUCAAUUCCUACCCCAGAGUCCACAAUCUACCCCUUCGAGCCCUCAAACUGAACUAUAUGCCCCGGUCUCGCCCUGCCCCCUUCCUGAGGCCAGCCUCCAAGAUGAGGAGGAGGAUGAGGAGUUGUCAACACCCCCAUCACCGACCCCAGCAGUGGCGCUGUUUCCUGGUGAACUGGAGCCUGGCAGUCCCUCAUCAGAGAGCAGCCCCCCUGCCACACCAUUAGCACCUUUUCCUGGUUUUGGAGCUCUGGAGCAGGCGAUCUCCUCUGGUCAAAGUCCCACCUGCGAUGAUGAGUUAGACCUUCAGCUUUUCAACAACGAGGGCACGGCUGUCCCUGGCGGGACCAGCUCCGGGCCUGGCCUAAGGUUCCCAUGCCAUGUGUGUGGAAAGAGGUUCCGCUUCCAGAGUAUUCUGUCUCUGCAUGCUCGAGCACACAGUUUAGACAGGGAGCGUCGGGCUUCGGCUCCCUACCGAACCACACAUGGCAAACUGCAGCAGAACCAUGCGGGCGACAGUGUAAUCCACAAUCUCAACAACAGAGAACUUGGUCUGAAACAGAGUCCAUUAUCUGGGUCAUUACAAAAGAGUAUGGAUGAAGACAUGGUUCCAGAGGAACCUCUUCAAACUGCUAGCAGCCCUCAGUUCCUCUUCGAAGGAACCACAGCCCUAACUCCACCUUUAACAGAGGAAGCACCAGUCUCAGCCUCCUUCUCUCCACUUGGCCAUGCACAAUUGGAAGACAACACCCCCUCCACAGCUGCUUCUGCCUUCCGGUGUCAUGCUUGUAAGGGUAAGUUCCGUACAGCUUCGGAGCUGGCACGUCAUGUGCGGAUCCUCCACAACCCCUACAAAUGUACCAUGUGUCCCUUCUCAGCCAGUCAGGAGGAAAGACUGGCUGCCCAUCUGCAGGAGAGCCACCCACCUGAAGAUUCUACCGCCGAAACGGUUUUCCCUUCUCACCCUAUAACAGCACCAACAGAGACUCCUCCCACAGUUGUUCCAGCUUUCAGAUGCGAGACAUGUGGGCAGCGAUUCACUCAGUCCUGGUUUUUGAAGGGGCACAUGCGGAAGCACAAGGACUCGUUGGAUCACAAGUGCCAGGUGUGUGGCCGUGGCUUCAAGGAACCCUGGUUUCUAAAGAAUCAUAUGAAGGUGCAUCUCAACAAGCUGGGCCUCAAGGCUGGAUUAGGGAAUCUGGGGCCAGCUGGAAAUGAGCAAUCAAAAGGUCCUGCAAGCACACAAGUGCUGGGGGCCCUGUAUUCCAACUUGCUCCUGGCUCGCAGUAUGACCGGUGGAGGUAGUUCAGGAAGUCGCACGGAGAGAUCAGAUGCCAGUCCAGGCUCUAGUAAAUCCUCGAUAUUGGGUUAUUUGGGCUUACCCAAAGACAGCAGCAAUGGAAGUUGCAUGGAGCGCCUUCAGGCAGUGGCACAAGUUGCAGAAAUGGGCAAUGGUGGAGGACGGGGAGGUGAAUCAGCAGACGGAGCAGACCAGGCAGCCAUGUGGCAGCUGGUUGCUCGCAGUCUGGUGGCUGCACAGCACAACCAACAGCAACAACAGCAGCGAUCUCAUUCGCACCAUCAGCUUUCUUCCUCACGAGGCACAGUCGCUGGGGAAGCCAAGCAGAUGAGGGCCUACCUGGGUGGGCUGGGUUCUAGAGAGGAACUGGAGGGAUCUAGUCCACCUUGGGAGUGUCCAGAUUGCGGCAAGCUGUUCAGAAGCCUUCAGCAGGUGGUUGCACAUGCUCGUGUCCAUGUCCAGAAACCACAGAAAGGUCAAAGUGCCCGAGGGGGCAUGUCCAGGGAAGAGGACAUUAUAAACAGAGUGAGUGGAGCUCAGGCAACAGGCGGAGUAGGAGGAGGGCAAAGAACUAGUGACAGUGAAGGAAGGCAGGAGGGAAAGCAACUACCACCAGGAGUUGGGACAACUGGGAGCUUCCAUUCUGUCAUAUCACAUCUUUCUGGUCAGAAUGGUCUGAGGGGAUCAUCCUCUUCCACUUCAUCUCCAAGGGAGCGUGUUCGGGGAACAGGGAUGAAGGAUUGCCCCUACUGUGGUAAAGCCUUCCGGUCUUCCCAUCACCUUAAAGUGCACCUUCGUGUGCACACAGGUGAGAGACCAUAUAAAUGCCCACACUGUGAUUAUGCUGGCACCCAGUCUGGCUCUCUCAAGUACCACCUUCAACGUCAUCAUCGUGAGCAAAGGAAUGCUAUGGCAACCACCGCAAACUCCGCAUCACCUAGCCUCCCCCCUCUGACUGGCUCUCCUCAUGAAGGGGGGAAAAAGCGCCGUCACCCCUCCCUAUCCCAGUCUUCUUUUGGGAGGGUUCCCGCAGAGGCUCCUUCUUCAAGGCGCAGUCAGUCAUGGGCUGUGGGCCCGCCAGAGAAGAAGGAGGGCACUUCUGCAUCUGGACGUCAGAGAGAGGGAGACCUGGAGAGUCAGUAUCGCAAUCUGUCGGGGAUGAUGGGUACACUCUUUGCCAGUGGUCUAGAAGCAAGUUGGAUUGGGGAGAUACCACCUCCGAAAAUGCCCAAAGUGUCUCGGCGGAAACCCCUUAGUACAAGCCGCAUGGUGUCAGCAAACGGCUACCAGGGCGGGAUGACGUCCAGUGGGUCCCAGGAAGUAGGCUUUGAACCUCUGGACCUCUCCCGUCGCCCUUUACAAGAUGAGGGGGGAGUGAGUAGUUCUUUAGGUGGACCGUCAGGUGGCUCUAAAGGAGGGAACGACAUCCUUAAUCAAUGUGUGUUCUGUCCCUUCCGAACCUCUUCUGUUGAGCUGAUGGCCAUGCACCUUCAGGUUAAUCACACCAGCAAGUCUCGCCGCAAGAGGGGAGCCCCUCUCACUUCCACCAAUCAUGCUCCAAGACUGACUUUGGCCGGGCCAGACCGUGAUCCGUUGGCUCUGUGGAAGUUCCUCGGUGCCGAGGAUGGAGCAACAUCCCCUGAGGAUUGGGUCUCGUCAAGGACGAGAGCUGAGAAUGGGGUCAGCCCGGAGAACAGGGAAACAGAGGACGGUUUUGAACUGGCCCCUGGCCCUGUGGGAAGCGUCGGUGACACAGAGAAGGCAUUUAAAAUGAGAGAGGACCUGGACGAGGAAGAUGAGGAAGUCGACGAGGAGGAGAAUGAGCUGGAAGGAAAUGGCAGCUUUGGAAACGCACCCCAGAAUCAGAGCAGAAGGGCUCCGUCUGUUUCUUCAGACCUCACGGUCGAGGAUCUGCCCAAGGAGGAGGAAGGUGUCUUGGGGGAAUAACACCUAACAAGAGCCCUGGAUGAGUUUGGACAUUGCGGCAGGGGAGAAAUUCUUGGGAAAUGUAGUUGUCCAGGGUCCCUCUCAUCAUUCAAACCAAGGGCAGACCAGUCGCUAUGCUAACAUACUGUACAGUCAGUAAUCAGAUAACCUGCAAAAGUAUUUCAAACAUUCCCCUUAAAAUGUCCUCCUAGCCCCCCCUUGGUUAGUGAUCGAUUACCUCUACACACACAUACAUAGACUCUCAAUCACACAGAGAUAUCCAGUAUUGUAUGCUAGUCUAAGCCUGCCUGUCUCGGGGCCUUCUUGAACACUGUUCUCUCGUUCCUGUCUUCUUGUCAGCGAACGCAAUUGCCAAGUUGUUUUUCAUUUACAAUUUUCUUGCUCCUCCUGUGAAUCUUGCUCUCAUCUCAACGAGGACCUGGAAUGUCAAUCCGGGGAGCUGCAAAAGCAAAAAAGACACUGUUCUCAAUCACUACGAUAUACAGUAUUAAUGCUGAGAGUGAGAGAGAGAGAGACGCUAACCGAAUACUAAACGGACAUCCUACUUCCACGUGAACUUGAUCUGACUGCACGUCUUCAGUAAACCAAAGGAGUGAGCACACUUCUUACCAUGCACCUGCCAGACUCUGAACAGAAUGCUGUGAUAACUGAAUGGUACUUGUGAAUCACCUCUAACAGAACAGGACAGAGUAAAGAUUAUAUUACCAGAUAUCCACACUGCCAGUCUGCUCCGACGGGUCUUCUUCAGAUAUUAUAUGAAACAGAGAUUCUGCCUCUUCUAUAUGCUAUUUCUCUCAGUGCCUGUUGAUGUAAAAGGUUUUUAGCAGAUUCAGCAACACAGGAAUAUAGUUACAGUGAAUAUAUACAGUAUAUAUGCGUAGUUGUGCUAGAGCGUAGAGUUCUGUGACAAUAUGGUGGCAGUUUGUGUGACUAUGUCUGCUGUGAAUGAAACAAUGAAUGAACCCAGAGCACCACAUGUGGGAACAGCUGGCCGUUUGACAAGGGCCCAAUGGAAGUGUUUACAUUACAGAUACCACCGGGAUUUCCGUGCGGAAUCCAGACCAACGUUACUAUGGAAAAAAAAAUUCAGAUUUCAGGGUUAGAAACGAAUCACAAUCUGGAAAACGGAGACUCUGCAAUAUAUCCUUCAUACUUCUGGAAUAUCUCAGAUUCCCAAAUCAUCCGAGAGAGGGUGGAAAGUGGGUCUCUACUAAAACAUUCAAUAAGCUGUUUUUAUAGACGUGAGUAGACUUUUUUUUUUUUACAUUUCAAAAACUGAAAAAAAAAGAAAGAAAAAACACACAAACACUAACAAAUUCAGACAUCCCAGUAGAACAUAUGUAGCUUUUGUAAAGAGAUCAAAAAGAGGACAAAAAAAAAAAAAAGUUUUUCUUUUAAGAAGUGUUACUGGAUACGGAUAUGGAGAAUAGUAAUAAGUAUUAUAAUAAUUAUGAAAGAAGACUGCUUCAGAAUGUCUUUAGAGCACUGUGCAAAGUUUCUUUUUUACCCCAAACUCACUUUUGUUUCACCUUUAAAUGCAGACCAAACUUUUAUUCUUCUCUACCCAAACCGUUUUUUUUUUUGUUUUGUUUUUUCCGUAAUGCUGCAGAUUUGAUUCACGUUCCCUUAAACGAUGCGUUUUUAUAUUAUCACCAAUCAAUAAAUCAAUCGUUCGGACACACAAUCAAUGUUAAAGCUUGCCUGAUGAUCUUGAAACUUCAAUGAUUGCUAAUAUAUUUAUAAGCUGAUACUGAAAUGGUGUCCAAGACAUAUCCCAGUAUCAGCAUUGUCAGUCUGACUGAUCUGCUUGCCAAAUCUGAUUUGAUGUAAUCGUGUCGCAUUUUUGAUGUGAAAUUAGCACAUCUUACAAAUGAUGAUCUACUUUCCUCAUCCAACUGUGUGAAAUCAUUUCCAUCGGGUCAUCUCAUUUUUAUCGUUAGACAUUGAGUAGGCGGUACUUUUGUCCGGUGAUUGACAGAGGCUGGCCUUAAUACGUGCGUUAUCGUGUCCUUGUUUCGUGUGUAGAUUAUCUUCUGCGUUCGGUAGCCCCUGAUGUGGUGUUCCUUUGAGAUAACAGUCAAGCCACUGUGCCUUCUGUCCUGAGCACUUCCUCAAGUAUUUUGUAAGCUCACCAAAAGCACUUAGCCCCUACUGUUUCACUUUGUAUUCUUUGGUAAACUGUUCUGUACUGCUCCGUAUCUGAUCCUCUGAUUUGUUGAGAUGUAGGGGUCAUUUCCAUCUCAUAAUAAUGAGUGUCAUUCCAUCAUUGGCGUGUGCUGUUGCAGCUCCUGCUUUUCCCCCUUCCCCUUAGCGUAUGCACCACUGAAAGCUUACGUACUAUCUAGCUCUGAGGCCUUUUUAGAAGUUACUUUAAUUUCUACGUUGUUACUUUGAUGCCGAUGAGAUGAAAUCAAGCUCUUCUGCUCAUAAUUAUUAUCAUUGUUCUUUUUUGUUUUAUGAAAGAAAAAAAAAAAACUAAGCAAACAAACAAAAA